AUGUCAAAGCUCUGGAACUUCCUUGCCAUGAUCUGGUAUCAGCUGACUUUCAAGCCUCAGCCACUCCCCGGUGAUAUUCGACUUGAUGGACUAACGGCCAUCGUGACGGGCGCGAAUGUUGGCCUAGGCUUCGAAGCCGCUAAGGAGCUAGCAUCUCACGGGCUAUCAAGGUUGAUUUUAGCUGUGCGUGAUCUAUCCAAGGGAGAAGCAGCCAAGGCCGAAAUUUCUCGGGAGGCACCUGAAUGCGAAAUUCUGGUAUGGCAACUAGAUCAGGAAUCAUGGGCAAGUAUGGUGGCAUUCGCUAGGCGCGUGAGCACCGAACUUGAUCGUCUCGACAUCGUGUUGCUGAAUGCGGGGCUGAAACGGCUUGAGUUUACUCGGUCGCCGACAGGCCACGAGGCACACAUUCAAAUCAACCACCUCGGCACAGCACUGCUGUCGCUGCUACUCGUGGAACCCCUGCGACGAACAGCGCGACAGACUGGAAGGCCUAGUAGAAUGACCAUCACAGCGUCUAGCGUCGCCUUUGCGGCCCCCGAGCAGGACAUCCUGGAGCCCAAAGGUGGAAAAGGCAUCAUUCCCUGGCUCGAUGAUCCGACUUCGUUUACCCCAGGUGACAGUCGCUAUAGCCUUUCAAAGCUGAUAGAUGUGUUAUGGACACGCGCCCUCGCUGCCCGCCUCGAUCCUACCGAUAUCAUACUCAAUACUCUCAAUCCUGGGUGUUGUAAAAGUGCGUUCCACCGCGCAGAUGCGACCGCAGAAUGGGCUUCAAAUUAUCUGGCCUGGACUAGCGCCGAGGGUGGUUACCACUUAACGGAUGCUGUUGUGCGACACCCGGAUAGCCACGGUGAAUAUUUGAGUGAGCAAAGGAUUAGACCCGUUCCCAGUAUCGCAUUGUCGGCCAAGGGUAAGGAGGUCCAAAGGAAGUUAUGGGAUGAGACGAUAUCUUUAUUCAAAGCGGAGUGCCCAGAUGCUAAUAUCGAAGAAUUCGCUAGAGGUGAAUAG